AUGGGCAAAAACGAAAGAGGACAAAUCGUACGUGAUGGCUUUGUUUACUCACAUGGAAAGUUUCGUGCAGGCCACGUGGACCGUAUGGAAGGAUCUGAGCUACGUGCUAUGUUUCUUCCCAAUUUAUCUCUCGAAGGGCGCCGGGUCUUAGCUAAGGGAGGCGAGGCUUUUGUUCGCGGCCAGCUCCUUCACUACGGAGUCGCGUUUCGUGAGGAUGAAUGUUUAGGCUGCGGUGCGUUACUCAUGAAAAUAUUUUUACGGACGGGAAAACGGGACAAGGUGCCUGACCACAUUCUCUUCCUACGCGCGGAGAUGCACGCCGAGUGGCUCGAUUCCCUCACUCCCGACCAGUUAUCAAGCUAUCCUGAAUUCGCGAUGGAGAAAUAUUUUCUUACCGCGGAGCGUCCAGACAAAGCCAAGACAACAACCCCAGUUGGGAUCCCCUUCGACCGAUAUAGUUCAUCUCGAACAAAAAACAUGCGCGAGGCAGCUCAAAAGGUCGAGGGCCUUCACUGCGCGAAAGGAAUGGGGCCCAAGACACAAACAAUUUUCAUGGGCUGGGAUGAAGAGGCUGUGCGGCAAGCAGCCUUAAGCCAUGCAGGUAAAGAAGCGGCGGAGACUCAAGUAGCAGAGAAACAGCGCGAAGAAAAGCGUGACAAGCUACAUCAGGAAUGUCAGAUGACUUAUUCACCUGUUGGUCACUACAUUGUCGACUGUGAAGAAAUUGAACAGGGCUGGGAUGAUGUCAAGGACCUGAAUCUUGAUAUUAAUGAAACUGAUCAAGAUGGAAUCUUCAGGGUUGUGUUUGAUUUUGGGAUUUUGGUGGGCGUUAUGCUUAUCUGCGCAGACAAAAGGAAGCUAAAUGCGCAUGUUUCUUACCUCGGCGCUGAGUAUGAGUCUGAUGAAAGGGACACAGAGGAGUCUGAGUCAGACGAGGAGGAACAUGCGGAAGAUGAAAAUCAGGGUGAAAUUGAUGAUAUGAGUGAGGAGGCUAAUCGAGGGUCCGGGACGAGAGGCAGGAAAAGGAAAUCCCAAGCUUCGGCGCCGCCCCAUAAACGGAGGAAGAAAUCCAGGAUGGUUGGGGUACAACCAUUUCAAUAUUUCAUCAAGUUUCGAUGCAGAGAGACUGGUGAAGGCGAGCUCUACCCAGAACCGGAGGACGGAACCCUUCGAUUCAAGGACAAGAGAAUGGCGGCAUUCUUGGGCAAAGUCGACAUGCCAUGUGUGGGCGGCCAGAUACCAUUUGCUGCGCGAAAGAUUUCGAACUUGCCAAGGCCCAAUGGAAAAUCAUGGUCGGACUAUUCCGACAGUGAGUAUGAAUAUGCGUGA